CGCGCGCGUGUCAGUGCUGGGACGAGCGCUGGAGGAGGCAGCAGUGGCGCAUCUCACUAUCCGCCGCUGGAAUAUAACGGCUGCUUCAGGAUGUGAACGGGUCUCGGUCUCCUCACCGGCCAAAGCUUCUGUUUUCCCAUGACAAACAGAUGCGAGAAGUGAAUGGUACAGGGGAGCGGAGAGAUCCUCGGUAUUAUUAUGAGAAAAGAGGACGGGGUUGUCGGAGCCGUAUUUGUUUUGCUCGCGGAGAUGAGGCGGGGGGUAGCGAGUCGCUACAACAUCGUUGGGCUCCGGCCAAGCAUUACUCUGUUUUAGCACAUAUACCGCCGCUCUUGCGUUUUCAUCGUCAACUGACUCGUUCGAUCGUUACGGUUUGCAUGGUUUGUCUCGAGGACAUCUGUGAGAUUUGCGGACUGCUGUUGCCGCUGUCAUGACAGACGCAGGCUUUACCGAGCAGGCGGUGUGAGAGAAGCUCGGCCCCAGCUGCGUUUACCGGGGGAGAUUAAAUCUGUAAAUACUGCUCGCGUUAUUCCUCUUUAAUCGUGUUAAUCGUCUCAGGGAAAAUGUCCUCUCGGUCUGCUUUACCGUCUGCGAACGACCGGAGCACAGAUCAUCAUGCGUCUUUGGUGGCGAGUCGUUCAGAGAAGGGAACGAAUGUGUCGAGUCGUUCACUGGGUGCGAGAUGUCGUAACUCCAUGGCCUCUUGCUCAGACGAGCUGCCACACAUCGGAAAUUACCGGCUCCUCAAAACCAUCGGCAAGGGCAACUUUGCUAAAGUCAAACUAGCCCGCCACAUCCUCACGGGCAAAGAGGUUGCAAUAAAGAUUAUCGACAAGACUCAGUUGAACCCAACCAGCCUACAAAAGCUGUUCAGAGAGGUGCGGAUCAUGAAGACUCUCCACCACCCCAACAUUGUCCAACUCUUUGAGGUUAUUGAAACAGAGAAGACGCUUUAUCUUGUGAUGGAAUAUGCAAGUGGAGGUGAGGUGUUUGACUACCUGGUGUCUCAUGGGAGAAUGAAAGAAUUAGAGGCUAGAGCCAAAUUUAGACAGAUUGUGUCAGCUGUUCAUUACUGUCAUCAGAAGAAUAUAGUUCACAGGGAUCUGAAGGCAGAGAAUUUGCUAUUGGAUGCAGAUGCUAACAUAAAGAUAGCAGACUUUGGCUUUAGUAACGAGUUUACGUUGGGGAAUAAGUUGGACACCUUCUGCGGUUCCCCACCUUACGCAGCUCCAGAGUUGUUUCAAGGAAAAAAGUAUGACGGGCCAGAGGUGGAUAUCUGGAGCCUGGGGGUUAUUCUGUACACGCUGGUCAGUGGGUCACUUCCUUUUGAUGGACAGAACCUCAAGGAGCUGCGUGAGCGAGUGUUGAGGGGGAAGUACCGUGUGCCCUUCUACAUGUCCACAGACUGUGAGGGGAUUCUGCGCAGGUUUCUUGUGCUCAAUCCCAGCAAACGUUGCACUCUAGAGCAAGUGAUGAAGGAUAAGUGGAUGAAUGCAGGGUAUGACAGCGAUGAGCUAAAGCCUCACAUUGAACCAGCAGAGGACUACAGUGACCCCAACCGCAUUGAGAUUAUGGUCGGGAUGGGUUUUACUACAGAAGAGAUUAAAGACUCUUUACUUAAUCAGAAAUAUAAUGAAGCCACAGCUACAUAUCUAUUGUUGGGCCUGAAGACUGAGGAUGGCGCUGAGUCACGAGUUAGUGGCAGUAUGACUUUGCCGCGUGUACGUCCAAGCCCAGUUACCAAUGGAACCAACAAACACUCCUCUUCAUCGUCAUCUUCCUCAUCCUCACACAGCAAGACUCAGCGCAGCGCCUCUACUUACCACCGCCAGCGACGGCACAGUGACUUCUGUGGUCCCAGCAUGCCUGUGAUGCACCCUAAGCGUAGCCCGACCAGCAGCGGAGACCGUGAGCUGCGUGAGAGCCGCAUGCCACCGAGGAAGGCCAGCUGUAGCGUAAUGGGCAGUCGGACCCUACCACCGUCUAGUCCAAUGGUCAGCACCGCCAACAACCCUAAUAAGGCUGAGAUACCUGAUCGACGCAAGGAGAUGACCGCCACCACUAACAAUAUUCCAGGAAGUACUAUGACCCGCAGAAACACAUACGUAUGUACAGAUCGUUCCAGCACUGACCGACACUCACUGCUGCAGAACGGCAAAGACAACAGCUCCCUGUCUCACCGCCUCCCUCCCACCUCUCCCUCCACUCUCAGUAUUGUCGGAGCGGGAGCAUCUUCCUCCUCUUCCUCAGGUGAGCGCUGUCGGCUGACACGUGGAUCCACCAUCCGGAGCACCUUUCAUGGGGGUCAGCUCCGUGACCGUGUCCCGCCCACCUAUGGACCUCCGCCCACAUCGCCCACCCUAAGCCAUGACGCUGGAGCCCUGCCACCCAAUGCCCGCAGCCGGGCCACUUCUAACCUGUUCAGCAAACUCACCUCCAAACUCACACGCAGGGUCACAAAUGAAUCUGAGGGAGUCAGCAGAUCUUCGGUCACAGGUGGCCAUUUAUCUGGGGAUCAGAAAGCGUCCGAGCCCUGGAGCGGGGGAGGGGGGUGGGAUGUAAGGGGUCAUCUCUCCCGUCCCCCCCGGGCCCCUGCAGAAGUGGUACUGGCCUUGCAUGAGGCAGCGAGGGGAUGCGGCUGCCAGGUCCGGCACGCUGGCCCGUUUCUGCUGUGCUGCAGUCAUGGGGCGGCAGGGUCAAAGGUCGCUUUCCAAGCGGAGGUGUGCCAACUGAGUGUGGGUCCUGCAGAGGCAAACGGAGUACGCUACACACGCCUGUGGGGGGCCCCCCUCGCCUUCAGGCACAUCGCAUCGCAGAUCUCUAAAGAGGUGGAGCUCUGAGGGGAUAGGGGAGGAGACUUGAAUAUGAGACGUCCCCUCACUAUAUCCGUCGUUAUAGCGAACUGACGUUGACCCACCCACUUAUGUGUUAUAGACUUAAAACAACAUCUGAUCCCUCCUCCAGUCAACACUCAACACAAAUCGAAACUAAACACACAUACACGUAAACAAACACAGUCACCUUAAAAGCACGGGAAACUCAAACCAGACAAUAAGGAAAUCUGAAGUACAAAAACAAGCACACCGUUCCAUGCACAACAUAAAGCUGAGUGGAAACACACACACACACACACACACACACACAUUCUGAUUCUGAACAGCCUCAUUUACUGGAUCUGGAUUGAAUCCAGUUUAGUAUUUUUAUUCUCAUUCUAGUCAUGAAAUUCUUUUUUUUAACCACUUUUGUAUGUUUUCAACAAGUUUUGACAUUUUAAACGGGUCAUCAUUUUUAUGUUUUUGUGAUUUAAUGUGUCUUACAUUUCUUAAUACUGAGUCAAAAGCAUUGAAUCAUUGACAAUGUAGGACUGUAGCUGCCAAUGAACUAUAUGCACAAAUGUGAAGUUGGCAAACGUAUCCUAACUUCAUCACAGCUCACAGAGCCCACACAAAUCUACAUUGCUGGCGACCGCAAAUUUGAUCAGGCUGCGAGCCAACCAUCUACACUUUGUUCUUGAAAUUGUCCAAGCUAAAUUUUGUUCCCUAGAAAAUCUGUUUUUGUGACGUAUAGUGCCAGUUUACUUACUUCCUACCAAUUUUAAUUUAGAAGAGACAUUUAAUGCCAAAUGACUUUCCCUGACCCUUCGCGAACAGGUUCUGUGAUUGGUUGGUUCUAGAUAUUAAUCCUUUAUUUCAACUCCUAUUCAGUGAUCCUUUGCAAAUAGCGUCAGCUCUCCCUUUACCCAGUAAGAGUGGAGUAGAGGUUACCGCAAAGGUGAUUUUACAGAGUGAGGUGGUUUUAGUGUUCAGUGUUAUUAAAGACACGUUUCCUGCAUCGAAGAUAUCUGAAUAAUUUGGAAAAAGACCUAUUGGAUAUUGGAUCCUAUUGGAUAUUAUUUGAUUGUAAAACAAACACCAAUUUAUGUAUUUAGUGGAAAAAUAAAAAAAAUAGAUUUUCUAGACUUAAAAAUGUAUAGAAAAGUAAAUAUCAAAUACAGAAAUGGCAAAAUAUGUUGUGGCUUAGUAAUUGCUGACAUUAUGUCAUAGUCAUUCAUUAGCACAUGUAUUUUAGUGGGUUUCCGUUUAUUUUAUUUUUUUAAUGUACGACUAUAUUGGUAUUAAAAAAUAAUUCAUCCCUUAACUAAUCAGAUUUGACUU